CAUUAUAAAAAGGUUAAAAGCGUAAGUAGUUUAUUUUCCGACUAAAACACCGCUGCAGAGCAUCUUGUUUCUCUUCAUCAUGAAUGCCGCAAUAAUUAUUUUGGCUUUCUGCCUUGCGGGAGCUUUGGCACGGGGCAUCAUAGAUAAGAACGAAUCUGGGGUAGAAGUAAAUGACGCAUGUCUCUUGGAGUACGGAAUUAAUCCAGAUCAAGUUUACAAUGAUGGCUCGGAUGGGUCAGAGGCAGUAACGGCACUAACCGAUGAACAAAUAUAUUGCGUUGCUGCUUGCAUCUACAAAGAUUAUGGAAUUAUGAGACCGAAUGGGACGAUUGAUACCGAAAAAGCAGACUCGUAUUUCGGGGAAGAUGACUCUAGGGAAAGGGAUAUUUUCUUUGCGGUUUACAAUGCAUGCAGUGAGGGACGAGUCGGUUGCAAGUUGGUUCAGUGUAUGUUCAGCGAAUUGAAAAAUCAUUGGGGUAGCUCGACGUCGGAUUCCAAGAAAGAAUUGAAGCCGCUGUUCAAUCGACCAGAUUUUAUUCGGGCGAAUUAAACUAGCAAUUGAUAAUUAUGUUUGAUAUAAUUUAUACUAAUUUUAUAUACGAGAAUAAAGUAACACGAAUUAAAGUAAAAACAUA